AUGAAUAUAUCAUCUCAUAAAGACUUCCUUCUUCUGUUGGCAUCAAAGUUGAAACCACCACUCAACAAAGAUGCAGCGAAGGUUCGUCAACCGCGCCGGCGUAACCGGUUGAAGAUCUGGCGGUCCCACGAACUUGUAGGAGAGAGCCUGCCGAGUAGGUGUGGAGUCCAUCUGAAAGUUGUUGCGACCACAGUUUCUGUUAUCCAGGGAGGACUUACAGAGGAUGGUCAUGUAAGCCUGCCGGAGCAGGUUGCGACCUUCUUAAUUAUCUUAGCGCAUCACAAGAAAAACCGUAGUCUACAGGUUAGAUUUUGUAGGUCCGGCGAGACAGUGAGUAAGUAUUUUAAUAAAGUUUUGAAGUCUGUAAUACGGAUUCAAGGGAUAUUGUUCGCGAAGGCUACACCAGUUGCCGAGGACUGUGUGGACCCCACAUGGAGAAGGUUUAAGGGUUGCUUGGGAGCAUUAGACGGCACUUAUAUAGAGGUGACAGUCCCCGAAUCUGAGAAGGCAAGGUACCGGACAAGAAAGGGUAAAAUCUGCACGAAUGUCUUAGGGGUGUGUAACCGGGAGAUGGGUUUUGUCUACGUACUCAGCGGAUGGGAGGGUUCGGCAUCUGAUUCACGGGUACUUCGAGAUGCAAUAACUCGUCGUAAUAGUCUUAAGAUACCCCACGGUAAUUACUAUUUAGUUGAUGCUGGCUACACAAAUGGUCCGGAGUUUCUUGCACCGUAUAGAGGGACUCGAUAUCAUGUAAGAGAGUGGGCCCAGGGAGCACGUGCACCGCGCAACUACCAAGAAUAUUUUAACCAGGUACACUCUUCUGCAAGGAAUAUUAUUGAGCGCUGCUUUGGUUUGCUGAAGAAGAGGUGGUCCAUCUUAAGAAGCCCUAGCUUUUAUCCCCUAAAGACACAAUUUCAGAUAAUUAUUGCCUGUUGUUUGCUGCAAAAUUUCAUUAGAAAGAGUAUGGAGAUGGAUCCGGAGGAGGAAGGUAGCAUAUUGGAUGAAUUCACGCCCGAUGGAGACGAGGAACAAGAUGGAUUGAUCGAUGUGGUCGAAAACACGAACGAGUGGAGUCACUGGUGUGACAACAUAGCAAAUGAGAUGUAUGAAGAGUGGCGUGCGAGUCGUACGGAGUAGUGUUGUGUGGUUUAGGGUUGUUGUAAUGGCGGAAAUUUUAGUUGUAUCAAUAGUUGAGUGUUGAGACAUUGUAACAGCACAUUAUUUAAUUUUUGGGUACUGCGUAUUUGUGAUAUUGUUUGGUGUUUUAUUUUCAUUUGUAAUGGCAACGACCAGUGUUUUAAUAAUUGAACUACUUGUCUACUUUUUCCUUA